UGGGACUUGCCUACGAGACGGGCUCCUCCUCGAUUGCCAUUUCCCGUCAUCCGGCAGACAAGUGGAAACGUCAGCAAUGGCCCACGCCCCUACCAACCCGUUGAUCGCCCCCGGUGUUCACCGGUACUCGCGUUCCCAGGCCUACGCCAAGAAGGCCUUGUUCAAGAAGGCUAAGCAGGUUGCCCCCGCAAAGGCCGCUGCCCCUGCUACCACAAAGACCGUCCAGGUCGGUGGAGCAAAGAACAACCAGACCCGUGAAGUGCCUCUCGUCAAGGCCCCACGCUUCUACGCCGCUGAAGAUGCGCCUGUCCCCAAGAAGUCUCGCAAGGCCCCUCGCCCCGUCAGCCUCCGUGCGUCCAUCACCCCUGGUACCGUUCUCAUUGUCCUAUCUGGAAAGUACCGUGGAAAGCGUGUUGUAUUCCUGAAGCAGCUCGAGUCUGGUCUUCUUCUUGUGACUGGUCCCCACAAGGUUAACGGCGUACCCAUCCGUCGUGUCAACCAGGCCUACGUCAUUGCCACCUCCACCAAAAUCGAUAUCUCUGGUGUGAACACUGAGAAGUUCACCGAUGCUUACUUCAAGCGUGACAAGGUGGAGAAGAAGAAGGCAACUGAAGAGGCUUUAUUCGAGGCUGGCCAGAAGAAGCCCGUUGACGCCUCCCGUGUUCAGGACCAACGGGAAGUGGACAAGGCGAUCCUUGCCACCCUUAAGAAGGACCGCAUCCUUCGCGGUUACCUCAACGCUUCCUUUGCCCUUAGCCGAGGUCAAUUCCCUCACUUGAUGAAGUUCUAAGGAGUAGUUGUGGUAAUUGUGGGUUGGGAUUGUGGUUGGUCAAGUGUGGACUGUAUAUGAUUGUUCUUGAGGAUGGCCGGAAUAUAGGAAGCAUAAAAAACGCAAUGUCUGUCUGCUUGUACUGUGCAGAAAUUUGACACUAUGCCUGCUGGCGUAGAUAGAUGGGGGACAGGACGUCCCCAUUCCGAUUCAUCAGAACAUCGUGCAUCGCUUAAACAAUGGUGAUUAAUGAGAGCAGUUACGACUGAAUCCAUGAAAUAUGUUUUAGAUAAUAACGGUGUCGCUUUCUCUGCAA